AUUUCAACAUCAAAAUGGAAACGCCAUACUUAACUCAUAUCACAUCCGAAGAUUUUAAAUAUGUUUACGAACCAGCCGAAGAUAGUUUUCUAUUGCUUGAUGCUCUCGAGGCGGAUUUGUCAAAAUUACAAUCACAACAGCCAGCCAUUUGUACUGAAAUUGGUUCAGGCAGUGGUGUUAUCAUUACAGCUGUAGCAAAGGCACUACCACAAACGGCAUGUUUUGCAAUUGACAUAAAUCCACGUGCUUGUGAUGUUACUACACGGACGGCAGCCAAAAACGGAGCCAAUUUAAAUGUUAUUAAUAUGAAUCUUUUGAAUGGUUUUCGAUCAAAUGUGGUUGAUGUGCUGAUUUUUAAUCCACCCUACGUCGUUACGCCAGACGAAGAAAUCGAUUCAUAUGAUUCGACCAGCGAUAAUCCAUUCAAUGACAAUAUUAUUAAAUCGUGGGCUGGCGGCACGGAUGGCCGACUCAUUAUGGAUCGAGUUUUCGAUGCAAUGGAUACCAUUUUAACAGCAAACGGAACAGCAUACAUUCUGGUCAUUGAAGAAAACAAGCCAAAAGAAAUCAUAGCCAAUAUGAAAACGAAAGGUUUUUGCGGGUCUAUUGUAACCGAACGUCGUAUCCGUGGUGAACAUUUAUUUGUUAUCAGAUUUGAAAGAGUUUCACAUGCCCAGAUUUGUAAAAGUGCAAUUAAGUAAUAAAUUAUUGAGUUUCCAUUUCGAAAA